AUGGCCCCCAUCGCCGUCCAAGAACCCACCUCAACCCCUACACCUCUCUACCCCCCAGCAACCCACCCAGGCCUCAUCCGCGUCUCCCGCAGCACCAAAGCCUUCGCCAGCGGCGCCUACUCCGAAGUCUCGCUGCCCGCGGGCUCCCUCUUCGCCAAAAUCACCACCGCAACGCCCGGAACAAAAGCAUAUACCUCCGUGCAAACCGGCCGCGACACCCACAUCGAGCUCAACUCCGACCUCGUCUUCUGCAACCACUCCUGCACCCCGUCGCUAAACUUUGACAUGCACAAGAUGGAGGUCCGCGUCGUUGACGAGCGCCCACUAAGUGCUGGCGAUGCGCUGACCUUUUUCUACCCCAGCUCCGAGUGGGAGAUGGACCAGGCGUUCCAGUGCAACUGUGGCUCUGGGGAUAAAUGCAAGGGCCUCAUUCAGGGGGCCAAGGGGAUGAGCAGGAAGGAUUUGGAGGGGUACUGGCUUAAUCCGCAUAUCGAGGAGUUGUUGAGCGAGAGGGAUGCGGCGAACUAG